AUGCAUCAGUUAUCGGCAAUUGAGUUGAAAAAGCUGAGCAAAGCAGAACGACGGAAACGACGCCGGGCUACUCCAAAAUAUCGCAAUCUUCAUGCUAGUCGAGAACGCAUUCGGGUCGAAUCAUUCAAUAGCGCAUUCGCAAAACUACGAGCGCUUUUGCCUACAUUACCGCUCAACAAGAAAUUAUCGAAAAUCGAGAUACUACGCCUUUCCAUUUCAUAUAUUUCAUAUUUGGAUGAUCUCUUACAUUUCUGA